CUGCCCCCCUCCACCUCCACCUCCACCACCACCCCCUGAAGGCUGACUGGAGCUGCUGACUGGCUGGCUAGCUAAACCCACACGUCGCGUCUUGGCCUCGCUCACACGGCGACCUACCUCCCCCCCUCCUCCCUCCCUUCUCUUACUCUUUCUUUUUUUUUUUCUCGGCUCGCAAAUGACGGUUUUUGCGGCGCAACAGAAGCGGAUUAUUCACGAUGUUUUCGGCGUGGUGUGAAACCCGCGGAGAAACGUUGGUUUUUACCCCCAUUAUCACAGCGGAGGACCGCCCGAGCUUCGUGAAAAUGGAAAAAAAGGGACACAAUGCAGCAUGCAUGUUCUGCAUUCUUCAGGAGCUCCACGCCGUCGGUGUGAAUGACUUGUGGCUGUAGGUUGUCCUGAGAGGGCCAGGUUCCUGCACAACAGCCUGCGCGGCUGACUGGGAGGAGUUGAGGGGAGAGCAGACAUCAGUGCCCAGGGGACCUGAGGCCCACUUCUCCAUAUGAGGCCCUGCUGAAAGGGCAGGGGGGGCUUCUGAGUGCGCCCGAGGGCCGUUGAAAGCCCCCUUGGGGGAGUUUCAUAAACACACGAAGAACAAGAAAAGCCUUCUGGACUAUUGUUUUUGUUUUUACACGCCUUGUUUUUCACACGCACACACACACACACACAUACACACACACCCACCCAUACAUACGCGUCCCCCACCCGCUCUCAGACAAGGACAGAGGGAGAAUGUUGGAGGUGCAGGAGGAGAGGCCAGCGGCGGCAGGUACAGCAGCGACACAUUUCAGCAAGAAGGAGCGAGGGAAGAAGGAGAGAGAGGAGACCAAGGACGGCCGGGGCAACCUGUCCAACAUCACCAAUCCUGUUUCUGCCUCCAGGAACGUGCGAGCUAAAGCGCCGCUCACACACACAGGCAGCCCCCACCAGCUCAUCACUCCACCCUGUUCAGUAGUCCUGGGAGCCCCAUCAAUGCACUCCAAUAGGCUAAAAAACUCCCCGUCCACCAACACGCAGAGCCCUAAACCGAAGACGGAGGCCAUGGUACGAUCCCCUCCUGUCAUGUCCCCCUCCACUGCUUCCCAGAUGGACUCAAAAAUGCCCAAUCAGGGUAAACCUGGGAGCACGGGCAGCCAAUCACAGCCCUCCCCCUGUGACCCCAAAACUAUGGGUGCCAAAGGGGCUCAAAACGUGUCGGGGGGAAUGGGGCUAAAAAACGGCCAGGGCCUGACGUCCGCACCGAGCUCCAAGGUAAAGGUCAAGAGGGAAAGGAGCACCUCUGUGGAGUCAUUUGAGCAGCCAGAGAGUGGCACGCCCACCAAUGAGGAAAAAGAUACCAGCAGGGCAAAGAGGAUUUGUGUUGCAGAAAGGAGGCAGCCGUACACUGGAGCUGACUGGGGCUCUGGAGGAGAAAGCGAUGAAGAUGACAGAAGUUUUUUAAACUGUAACUCGAGUGACGUGAGGCCCCAGGACACACAUUCUACCUCCAACGCCGGACUCAGUCGCUCCUCAACGCCUUCCCACAAUGCACUGGGAGGCCAAGGCUCCACAACAGAACCUACCAGUGGCCAGAAACCAGGCCCCAAACUUGCUUAUGUCUUCUCCACAAAGGAUGCAAACAUGGCAGCUGAUGCCGUUCUCACUGGCCACACAGAAAACAUCAUUGCCUUUCACAUGAAAAACAUCAGCAAGGAUAAAUCUCACCUCAUGUUGAACAAUGCAUCUGCCGUCCUGCGGAAUGACCCGAAGCCUCCUCAGCAGUCUCCGUCCCAUGCCCAAGAACAAAGCCACCAGCCUGGAUCGAAGCCGUCCUUAACCGGAAUGGCGGAUCAAGCGCAGCCACAGGCUUCAAGUCAAGGGAAUCCGCCUUGUGUUCUUCCGCAGGAGGGGUCGUCGUCCUCUGGCACAGAAUCAAAUAAUAUUCCUGGCAGUAGCCCCGGUAACCCCUCAGCCCCUGCUGAUCAGACUCCCGUCUCCCAACCGGAGGCAGGCCUAAACCCUCCGACAUCUGCUGAAGGAGGACAGGGUGGAGGCACAGCUGGAUCGGGUCUUACACCCCAGCAGCAGCAGCAACAGCAGCAGCUGGCUCAGGAGCUGCUGAACAUGGAGGCCAACACCGAAGGUUUGUCCCAAGAACAGCUGGAACACCGCCAGCGUUCCCUGCAGACUCUACGAGAUAUCCAGCGCAUGCUUUUCCCUGACGAAAACGCCCCACCUCCUGGACACCCGCAGCCCCACGUGGGACCCCACGACGGAGCUCCAGAUGGUCCACCUAGGCGUUCGGAGCAGGGACCUUUGCAGGCCAUGAUCGCACAAUCCCAAAGCCUUGGACCGCCGGGCGGACCUGGAGGACCACGUCCACAGGGCCCCCCCUUUGGGCCCCCACAUGGUCCAAGGGACAUGCCUUUAUUUCCAACGGAUGACAUGGUCCCACCAGGUGGUCCUGGUGGGCCAGGCGGGUGUGGAGAAGGAGAUCAGAUGACCCCAGAACAGGUGGCAUGGCUGAAGUUACAGCAGGAGUUUUAUGAGGAGAAGAGGAAAAAGCAGGAAAUGCAACACCGGCCCCUUCCUCCAGACAUGAUGCACCCUGGUCCACGGGGAAUGAUGCGGGGACCCCCACCCCCUUAUCAGAUGGGUCCAGGAGAGAUGUGGGGCGGGCCAGGUGGUCCACCAGAACAUUACCCAGACCGAAUGGGCAUGGGGCCCGGUCCCAGGGGUAUGGGCCCUCACAUGCAGAGGAUGCCUGGCUUCUCUGGCAUGAUGAAUCCUGAGAUGGAGGGCAUGCCAAGGCCAGGAAUGGGCUGGCCUGAUGACAUGCCUCCAAGGAUGGGAGAACCCCGAGGCUUCCCUGGAGGACCUGGAGGAAUGUUUCCUGGGCCUGGGGCUCGUGGGGAGCGUUUUCCAAACCCCCAGGCAGUCCAGGAGGCAAUGUUCCACCAAGGAAUGAGUGGGGAGAAAGGCAUCCCCCCUGGGAUGAUGAUGGAUGUGCAAAGGAUGAUGGGGCACCAAAGAGGUGGAAUGGAACCUGGCAACGGCAUGGGGAUGUUUCCCAGAAUGCCUGUUGAUGGUCCUAUGAGUCCAUCAUCAAGGCUUCAAGGAAUUGGGGGCAGGGAAAUGGGUCCAGAAUUUGGUAUCGGCCCCGGUCCUGGCCCGGGACCUCACAUGCAUCCUUCCAAACUGCGAGACGGCCCCAUGAAUAUGAGUCCAGAUGAAAUGAUGAGAAUGAGAACAGGUGGAGGUCCUCCGAUGGAGAGUAUGGGACCACAAGGCAGGCCCAUGCAGGUUCCUCCCUUCCCCGAACAGACACCAGCAGACUUUCCGAUGGGACCCGGGCGGCCAUUCCCCGGGGGGAUGAGGGGUCCCCAUUCUGACCCAGCAUUCGGUCCAGAGCACAGAUCCACACCAUCGGGAGGAAACGGACGCAUCAAUCAUCUUUCAUCAGCUGGGGGUCCUUCACAGGGUCAGAGGGGCCGGAAGCCAGCAGACCUGAAUGUCCAAGCAGGAGGGGGGAACUCUCCCAGUGUUAACCCACUUAAGUCUCCACCAUUGAGGCAAGUUCAGUCUCCAAUGAUGGGCUCUCCAUCUGGGAACCUAAAAUCUCCUCAAACACCGUCCCAGCUGGCCGGCAUGCUCAGUGGUCCUACGGGCCCCAGCGCACCUCCAGCUCCUCCGACCUCUGCACCAAUGAAAUCUCCCCACUCCAUGAUGGGAUCAGCAGGUGCCUCUCCUGUUCACAUGAGGUCUCCAUCUCUUCCAAACCCCUCUCCAGGAUGGGCCUCCUCACCAAAACCACCCAUGCAGAGUCCUGGAGUGCCCCCUCAGGGCGGCAAGCCUCCACUAAGCAUCACGUCUCCAAACAUGAUGGGGGGCAUGGAGCCAGGAGGUAACGUGCCUCCUUCAGCUCCUCCCUCAUCAGGGGCUCCGUCUGGCUCCAUGUCCCUUCCAGGCAACGUCCCGUCUGGCAGUCCGUACACCAUUCCCCCAGAACCGACACUCUCCCAGAACCCGCUCUCCAUCAUGAUGUCCCGGAUGUCCAAGUUUGCGAUGCCCAGUUCGACUCCUCUCUACCACGAUGCCAUAAAGACUGUAGCAAGCUCAGACGAUGACUCGCCCCCAGCUCGCUCUCCCAACCUGCCUCCAGUGAACAACGGUAUGGCAAUGAAUCAUCAAGGAAAUCCACGUAUGAUGGGACCUGGAAAUGCUGGACCUAUGCCUGCACUUAGUCCUCUGGGCAUGAACCCCUUGGGGUCCCAGCCUCUAUCUCAUGGCAUGCCCCCACAGAUGCCCUCUCCAAAUGCCCCUAACAUGGGCCCAGGCAUGAUGUCUCACGGCAUGAUGAUGCAACCAAAUCCACAGGACCCUGGUAUGCCAAAUCCUCAAAUGAUGCCCCAAGGACGCAUGGGUUACCCUCACCGAAACCAGGGGUACCCGCUCACCCAGUCCCCGUCCCAACAAGGCCCCUUUUCCCCACACAAUGGCCCCGGCCCCCAAGGUUUCCCUGGUCAUCCGAUGGGGUUCCAGGGUGAACCGGGGCCAAUGGGCGGACGGAUGGGGAACAUGCCUCAUGGGGGUGGGGGUGACGGGGGCAUGUGCAAGCCUAAUACACCUGGCGGACCGGAAUUUAACAACAUGCAAGGAGGAUUUGGAGAUGCAGACCUUCAUGAAGUGAUGCGGCAGGGGGCUUCUGGUAUCCCAGAAUUCGACCUGUCCAGGAUAAUCCCGUCAGAAAAACCCAGCCAGACUCUGUCGUAUUUUCCCAGGGGUGGAGGAGAUAACCCAGGAGGCAAACCCCCUCACCCGUCUGGGUUUCCAAUGCAGAGCAUGAUGAGUGACGGCCCCCCCAGGAUGGGGAUGCCCAUGCAGGGGAUGGGGGGAAUGUCAGGGGGACCCGGUGGGGGUAUGGGCCCCCAGGACAUGCCGAUGGGCAACCCAGGUCACGGUUCAAUGCGGCCACCGGGAUUCAUGGGCCAAGGCAUGAUGGGCCCUCAGCACCGGAUGAUGUCUCCUGGGGGUCCGGGAGGGAUGAUGCAGGGGAGACAAAUGGCUCACCCAGGCCCUGGUGGCUCACCUAACAUGAUGAUGUCACUACAGGGCAUGGGCGGUCCUUCACAGCAGACGAUGAUGAUGGGGGGCCAAGUGAGGCUUCGUGAAAUGGACAUGGGGUUCAGUCCGGGGCAGGGAAUGUUCUAAUCUAACAAACACCUUGUAACUAGAAUGUUCUCGAACAAAUAACCAAGGAAGAUAAAAAAAAAAAAAAAAGAUGGAGUGUAGCAAGUAUUCAGAAACAGAGGGACUCAAGUAAAUGAGAU